GCGGCACCAGAAUCUGGUGACACUUGGUGUGCUGCCUGCAGCGCGUGGGAGGCGCUGGGCUCUGAGCUCUCCUCUCCCUGGCAUAACCGGGCGUUGCGGCGCCUGGCUUCUGACCAGGUUGAGGGGUUGGUCAGGUCGGUCCGGGCGCUGAGAAACGUCUCUAGCAGCCUGCGCAGCGCCGAGUCCGCUCGAGCAGCUGAGAGAGGCCGAUCUGAGAGGCCAAGGAGCCCAGCACCUCGGGUGGCUUUACCGCCGCCUCCACCUCCUCCUGGAAAGGAGACCGUCAAGGAGCAGCCCGAGAGCAGCAGCGCCUACGAGACGGCCAGUGAGGAGCCAGAGGAGAAGCCUGCGGCGGCCACCGCUGCAAAGAGCAAGGCUAGCAAGCCAGAAAAGGAAGAGGCAGAACCGGCAAGGGAAGAGAGUCAGAGGAAGUCACCCCUUAGGGAGAAAUCACCAGAGACUUUACAGAGCACUGGACAACCCAGACCAGCCGUUGCACAGGACCACGCAGCCUGGGAGUCCUUGACAGUUUUGAGAGGGCAGAUCGUGGAGGUCGACUUGAACUCGGCGGGCGAGGAAUUCCCUGCCGAUCUAUGGGGAGGCUUCCUGGUAACAAGAAUCGAGCUGGGUUUAGAAGGCGACAUGGUCUUGCACGUCAAGAGCUUGGGUUGCGACGACCCAGAAAUCACCCGGGGGUUGUCGACGAGCUUCAACAGACGUGCAGGCUGCCUCCAUCUCUGUCACAGCGAUCCUUGCGAGGUGGACGGCGACUUCACGCUCCACAUUUCCCGACUCAGGGUUUUCUCCCCAGAGGGUUUUGCCAGGGACUAUAUGACAGCAGCUGUGAAGAAGCAGAUGAAGAAGUGGUUAGAUCAGAUGGACGAGGAGACCAACCCUCCAUCCUUUGGUUUGGACAUCACUAUCCCCGCAGGAGACGAGUCGCCUUGGGAGAAAGUGGAACCUAUGAAGCCUUCGGCAAAGGCUCAUCCACCCAAGGCCCCAGGAGAAGACAUGGAAAGGGUGUCAGAGGAGAAAAGAAAGGAGUUGAGAAGGUCCCGCGCUGGCCCGGGGACAUCAGGAGAUCGUGCAUCUCCACUAUAUUCACCCUCACCUCUGGAAGAGGAGGAGACGUUGAACGAACGGCGGAAGAGCGCGCUGAGGGAAACACCUCGUCGCAGCGCCAAGGAAAACCCAGGGCCAGAGGAGUUGGGCCUUGGAGAGGAGAGCCAGAGGGAGAAGAAGGUGAAAAAGAAGAGAAAAACAAAGGAUGCAGACCGCGAGGAACCUCUGGCUAUAAAAGACACUUCUACCGGAAGCUUGCAGGUUCAGCUUCUGAGUCAAGCGGCGAAAGCUGCUCAAGAAAAAGCAGGAAAGCUGAAAGGAGAGAAGGAGAAGGCAAGGAAGAAGGACCCAGGUGCCCUGUUGAUGAGGUUACUACAACAGGCUGCCGGUGGGAAGAAGAAAAAGAAAAAGAAGAAAGACAAGAAGGGUCAGAGCUCAAACCCUUACAAGAGCAGCUCACCAGGAGGCAGCCGGAGGAGGAGGAAGAAAAGGAGUGGAGAUCCGGACUCCAGCCCGAGCUCCUCGAAUGGCAGUGGCCAGACGAGUGGCUCCGACGGGAGCUCCAACGAGGACUUCGAGGGAGCUUCAUCCAGCAGCUCGGAAGACCUGAAAAUGGAGCCCCCCCUGAGGAAGAGGGCAAGGGAGAAGCCUGGGAGCGUUCUCCAGCUCCUAGUGGAGCAUGCGAGGGCUCAGCUGGACCAAAGCUCCAAAGUAGUUGUGGGCAAAGAGGAGAACAAGAACUACACCACGGGGGUGAAGCUGAGCUCUUACUUCUCCAUCAUCAUCAGGCCUCAGGUGGGGACUAUCAAUGGUCAGGUUCGCGAGAUGCACCUGCUGAGCUCCUGCAUGGAUGCCUUGAGGGAAGGAGCCCUCGAUCAUGUGGGAGACCUGCUGGCGGCGCGCUUCAUCAGCCUCCAUCAGUCGCUGCUGGAUGGCAACUGGACGGCUGCGCGUCAGCUGGAACUCCUGCCACUGGAGGAGAUAUCAGCUGCAGGGCCCCAGCUGGUUCUGCAGGCAAGGAAGCAGGCCAAGCUCGCGGCCAAGGUCUCCCAGCCCGACUUGUGGCAUGUCCCAGGCGCCGGCAAGGGCCGUGGCAGCCGGGGAAAAGGGUCAGGUUGGCCCGAUUGGCAAGGUGAUCUCAACACCUUCACAACUUGUUUCAAAGAAUUCAGCUUGGAGGAAGUUGCCUCGCCCGAAGUGGUGAGCACUUGGAGCGCUUCUGCAUGGUUGUUCAAUGUGGUGUCAGCCUUGAACAAGUUGGCUGGUUACAAGGGGGCACCUUAUCCUGGGCGCUGGACUCAGUCCGAGCAGGCCGCGGCAGAGAGCAUGAGGACUCGUGAGUUCUUGUUGAAUCCCUCACUUCUUUUGAAAAGCCCCGAUGAUGUCAAGUUACCCAAACUUCCCGGCAAGAUCCAUGUUAAACCUGAAGACAAGAUGGCCAUUGCACAUGAACUGGUACGGCGAAACAUUUGCUCAUGGGUUCCCUUAGAGCUGGUUUACAAGGUGGGUUCACUACGGAUACUCAACGGGCUGUUUGGGGUCAAGAAGGCUACCCUGUUGAAGUCUGGGGAGUCAGUUUUGAGGCUGAUCAUGAACCUCACGGGUAGUAAUGCCACCCAACACCAACUGGAAGGGGGCGCUUCAAAUCUUCCCUCUAUUACAUCCUGGCAGAGUUUGGUGCUGGAACAGGGGCAGUCUUUGGAGAUGUUUCAAAGUGACAUGUCCUCAGCUUUUUAUCUUUUCAAGAUUCCGCCUUGUUGGCAUCGACACCUUGCCUUCAAUGUGAUCGCCUCAGAAGAGGAGCUCAUGGGGCACGGGCGCCGGCAGUUUGCCUUGUGCUGCUCGGUGUUGCCAAUGGGCUGGUUGAACAGCGUUUCAAUCAUGCAAGAGGUGUCGGAGAACAUCUUGCUUCAAGCUCGGCUGAAUCCCUACAAUCAGGUGGCCAGGAGCAAUCCUUUGCCCAGAUGGUUCACAGAGAUACUGGAGACGGCAGAGGAGGCAGACAGAUGUUGGUGGCAUGUCUAUCUUGACAACUUCUGUGCGUGUGAAAGGAUUGAAGCGGACUCACCAGCGCUGGCUGGCUCCCUGUGCCAUGAGGCUGCGGAGGAUGCCUGGCGGCUGGCGGGUGUCAUCUCGUCAGAGAAGAAGAGAGUCUCGGCUGCCAGCUACAUCCAGGAGCUUGGCGCUGAAGUAGAUGGAGAGGCUGGUGCGCUUGGGGUAUCCACCCAGAAGCUGCAUAAGCUGGGAUUAUCCACUCUUUGGACGCUUGUUGCGCAAGGGCUGGACAAGAAGCAGGCCCAAAUCCUUGCUGGCAGGUGGAUUUUUGUGCUUCAAUUCAGAAGGCCAGCCAUGGGGUUUCUGCAGGAAGUUUGGAAGGUGACCAGCGGAGGAAGCCAAACCCCCCGCCUAACAAGGGAAAAGGCAAAAGGAGAGUUUUUGGGGCUUCUGCUCUGUUCACCCCUGCUCCACUGCAAUUUGGGAGCUUCGAUCGCCAAGCAGGUCGUGUGCACUGACGCUUCAGAGAAGGCUGGAGCAGUAGGGUUUGCGGAGCAUCUGACCAGUGAAGGUGAGGACUUCGUCAGGGCCACUGCAAAGCUGCAGAGACCAGGAGACGGCCAAACGAUCCCAGUUCUUCUCUUGUCCCUUUUUAACGGGAUAGGAGGAGCCUUCCGUGCGUACGACGUGCUGUCGCUGGUCCCGGCCGGGCGGAUAGCCGUCGAAUUGGAUGAGGGAGCCAACCGUGUUUGCUCUAGGCGCUGGCCUGGCACUCUCUUCGUGAAGGACAUAAGGCUGGUGGACCGAGCCAUGGUGCAGACAUGGAGCAGGAAAUUCCUUGGAAUCACUGAGGUUCACCUGUGGGCAGGAUUCCCUUGCACCGACUUGUCGAGGGUAAAGGCUGGCCGGCUCAAUUUGGAAGGGCCUUGUUCCUCGCUGUUCUACGAGGUCCCGAGGAUUGAGGCCUUGUGCAAGGAGGAGUUUGGCCCGUCAGUUACAGUCAAGCAUGUCUACGAAAAUGUGGCUUCGAUGGAUAAGGAGGCAUGCGCAGAGAUCUCUUGGGAGCUUGGUGAGAAGCCUUACCUGCUCAACCCCGAGCACGCUGUGCCGAUGAAACGGCCUCGACUUGCGUGGACGACGGAAAAAGUUGAAGAUUGCAUGCCGGGGAUCACAGUGACCUGGAAGCCACAAUGGAAUGAAGUGGAAGCCCAUGCAGAGUAUCCUUCCACCGACCAAUGGAUGGUGGUUCAACUCAGUGAUUCCUAUGUGUCCAUCAGCGUGGUCAGUAAGGGACGAAGCAGCAGUCUUCAGUUGCAGCGGAUCAACAAGGUCCUCUCAGCAUAUCUCUUGGCCUUUGGGCUACAGCUCAUCAUGGCGCAUGUUGAGUCGGGUGAUAAUCCGACAGAUGAGAAGUCGGCACGCCGUCGGGCCCGCAUUGUGCUGGAUGAUGCCGCGCUCAGUGAAAAGACCCAGCGCCGCUAUUACUUAGCGUUGCGCAAGCUGCUCCCAUACAUGGAGGCAUGUCCAAAUAAAGCUGAGCUGGAUAAUUGGAUGUGUCGUUGGGUGCGAAAGAUGUGGCGCUCUGGCGAGCCUCUCCUAACAGUCGGAGACGGCUUAUCAGCCUUGCACUUCCAUCAGCCGUGGACGCGCCGGAUCAUCCCACAUUCGUGGAAGCUUUUCAAUGUGUGGCGGCGCAUUGAGAUUCCCAGCCGUGCGCCUCCACUCACCUUGCGCUUGGUGAGAAGCCUGGCAGCAUAUGAGUUGAGUUGCGGGAACCUAGAAAUGUGCUGCAUUUUGCUUCUCUCGUUUCACUGUUUGCCUCGGACAGGCGAGGCCCUCAACCUCACCACUGCAGAUUUCAUCUUAGGGCCUACAAGUGGCUUGGUUUCUUUGAAGGAGACGAAAAGUGGAAAGCGAAAUCAGGCAAAUGAGGUCGUCAGCAUCACUGAUGUGGCGGUUUUGGACUCAAUCAGGGCACUUUUGGACUUUCGUAAGUCGGCCAACUUGCAGGCCUUGCCAUUGUGGUCCAGUUCAGGCACUAAAUUUCGACAGCGUUUCCGGAAGCUCUGCAAGUACUUUGCGCUUGAUGAAUUCAAUUUUCGCCCCUACUCGCUUCGGCGGGGAGGAGCAACUCAUGUUUUUCAGGUCACACAGAGCAUGGAGGCUGCGCUGCUUUGCGGACGCUGGGAAUCUUCAAAAGUGGCCCGCAUUUACAUCAGUGAUGGCCUCUCGUUCCUACCUUCCCUGAAGAUGUCCGACAAGACGUUGGCAAUGUUGGAGCGCAAGGAUAGCCUCUUGAGUGAAUUCAG